AUGUCCAAGAAGGAUGUGGCGUGUUUCUGGAUCGUACUGCUCCUGUGCCAAGAGCUACGGACCGACCCGAUCGCAGAGAUAGGACCAUCCUCCGGCAUCCUGAUUCAAGAGACACCAGGGUUCAUCUUAACAGAGAAGAGGAUCCUGACCCGACGUGUGUUCGUCAGCUUGGACCCCAAGAUUUCCAUCGAGAAGGCAUACAUUUCAUCGAUGCAGCUUCCUGAGUUACAGACUUGGUACCAGAUGCACCUCCAAAGAGCACAUGACCGUGUGCGAAACAUCUUGGAGCAAGCCCGGAAACCAUUUGUAUCCAGUUCUAUUCCGAUGAGCAACCGACCCAAAAGGUUCCUCACCGCUAUAAUUGUUGCAUUAGUUUGUGCCACUGUCGGUGCAGUUGUCGCAACUGGAAUGUCUGCAGCCAACUCUAUUACUGUCCAAAAGCUGGAUAUGGAAAUCUAUGCGCUAAAGCAACACAUUAACGAGAUUCAUCAGGUGAUACAACAGCAAAGAACACUUCUCCAAGACGUGUUAACUAUUGUGGAAGACACAGUUGUUACAACAAAUUUGCAUUCGGAGUUAAUUGCCAAAUCCACUGAGUUGCACCAAAGUCAUGACUUAUUUAAGCGUGAACUUCUAUUUCUGCAUGACCCAAUAUUGUUCCACACACUUGCUUUUCUCGACGAAGUGCAAACUGGAAUGAUCGAAUUGGCAGGGGGUUGUAUCCAAGGAUAUUGUUCAUGCGAUGCUUGCCAAUGUGGAUGGAGAGACAAUUGA